AUGGGGGGCGUCAGUCCUGUCACUCGGCAGCUGUUGGAGGGCUGCGCUCGCCGCACCUUCACCGUCGGCCAAGUCGCACGGCUGAUACGUCAGGGGGCCGACCCGAGAGCCCUCGGCCGCCUUCGUGUCCACGGCAGCAUCCCAGGAAGGGCCCCGUCCUGGCAAAACAGGCGAUGCAGCUGCCUGUCUUUCGCCAUCGACAGCCCUACAAACAGACCAUUCCUCGUCGCGAGCGGCGCUGAUGACUCCCAGGUGCCCGUGGUCCUGCCGCAGUGGUCCUCCCGUCAGCUGCAGCGUGACAUCCUCAGUGCACUCAUCGACGGCGGUGCGGACAUCAAUGCGGACGACUUUGUUGAGCAGCCGCCCAUCAUGGUGGCGAUUCGUGCGGGCAAUAUGACGGCAGUGGAGGCCCUCCUGGCGCGUCAGGCCGACGUGCGGGGAAUUUGGGGCCCGGUGAUGCGGCUUCCCCACCUCGGUCGUGCUGCCCCUUCCGCCACCCGUGAGUACGAGGAGACUCUCAUGUCCAUCUAUCGCAGGCUGGUCCAACACGACAGCACUCUCGCAGCCGAACGGUCCGCUGGUGGAGACAGUCUGGUGCAUGAGGCAGCCGUGGCCCCCUCCAUCUUCUCCCAGCAAUUCAUCGACCAGUACCUCACCCUCAUCACCAGCCAUGGAGCCGAUAUCACGGCAAGAGACCCCGUGGGCUACACGCCACUGCACGUGGCAGCAUUGCGUGGCUCCGCCUUCUUGGCUGAGUGGCUGUGCCGCCGGAUCACAGCCGUCGACGUCAACCGAGGAAGGCCCCCUCAGCCUCAUAGGACACCCCUCGCCGUCGCUGCCGAGGCUCUCGAUGGCGUCAUCCGAGCGCAGCAGCAUCAGCAGCAGCAGCUGGGAGAAGCACUGGGAGAGCGGGACACGAGACGGAUCCGCCAGCACAAGACCAUCAUCCAGACGCUGCUGCGCAGCGGGGCGGCCCCAUCCAUCGCCCUCAUGCCCACAGCAACGGAGUGGGACCGCCGUCAUCGCCAAGUGGUAGUGACGGAGCACGCCACAGUGCUAAAUGAGGUGCCCGGGGUCGUCAUGUGGGUCAUCAACGGCGCCCUCGCCCCCCAGCGCGACCACUCGAUGCUUCUCGCCCGUCUGCUGCCCCUGGCCCCCCACCACGACGGCGCCCACCCCCACCCCUCCCCAUCCAACAUGGCAUUCGGCCCACACGAGGCAGAGGCCAUCGCAUGGAAGAUCGGCGCCUUCCUGCACGAGCCCCCCGCCGCUGUGGCCGCCAUCGACCAGUACCUCAUUGGCGAGUCGGUGCUGAGGCGCCGCGUGCGUGCGGCCGUCGGCCAUUUCGUCAAGUCGGCGGCCACACAGACGAGCAGCAACAGGGAGGUGGUGGGCGGGACGAGAUACCAGCAGCAGGGCGACAAGCGCGUCAAGGUGACCGUGCCGCCGCUGCAGUGCUUCGCCGUUCGUGGCAGUGGGGGGCAGAAGGGGGAAAAGAUGACGGGUGUGCGUGAGGUGGUGCACAAGGCCUGGCUCGACGAGGUGGCGAAGUAUCAUCUGGUGGGUGUGGUCAAGGGCUUCAACGAGCACCUCGACGAUCAGGACUGCCAGUGCGAGUGGGGCCAGCUGGGGCGAAUCGACAGGCAGACCGGGCUGUUUGUGUCGCUGGGCAUCGAAUGACUGGGAGGGAGAGGGCAGUACGGGUGAGAUGGCUGCAUUGUCUCCUCCUCUUUACUGCGAUUCAAUGACGCUUCUGAUUCCGAGUUUUGCCGUUUUUCAACAGCUGCAUACGAACAAUGGCGACCCGACUACGUAGCUGUGUUCGUUACC